UAAUUGAACUUUGAAAAUGUUUGCUGAUGGUUACAAUUUGCAUCUAACUCUUUGGCUGAUUUGAUUUAUCCCUUUGUAAGAACAUGAAAAACUUGCUUUGGAGGUGUGCAGAUACUGUUCUUAAGUAUUCAUGUCUAGGAGAUGGAUUUUUUUUCCGAACUGAGAUAGUCAUUUUACCUUCUCCCUCCAGGGAUGAUAAGAUAUAAGCCUUGAAAUCUGAGUCUCUUUAUGUUUGUGGCUGCUUCUGUGUGUGCACAUGUCUUGUAUUGUAGUCUUUUAUUACUUUCUAGUAACGGUUGGUACAUUUCAGUUGAGUUGAUUUGUAGUGUGAUGAACCCUGUUGAACUAAAAUGAUAAGAUUAACAAAGCCACAAGCCAUAGUACACACACUCUCUGACAUUUAAAAGUACAAAUGCUCUUGUUGCAUAGUGCAGUCAUGUCAGUUUUCAGCAUGUGAGCCAGACCAUUCACUUACUGCUUUGAUGCAUCGGCAGAGAAAGUAGGUCUGAGGUGGGGAAUGCUGGUGCCUAGCAGCAGGUAAAGACUUUCUCUCUAAUUUGAUAUUGAAGAACUAGUAGAUACAAGAGUUUGAGCUUGGUUCAAGAGAGCAGAAGGAUUAAUUAAUGAAUAUGCAUUUUGGCAGGUUAAUUCCAAAUCAUUGAUCUUUUCAGUUUGAAAUGAAAAGUUUUUACAUGACGUUUUAAAAAGAUGUAUUAGUGGGACAUCAGCCUUUUGAAGUUCAUGUAAACAUACUGAGUCAAGGUCUAUAAUCUGAAUGCGGUAUGUAUAUAGUAAAAAUUGUUAGCAGUUAAGAAGUAGGGUAAUUGCUCAAAUUAAUUCAAGCUCUUGGGAUAUGGUAAAGCUGUUUUCUGGGACCUUAUUACAUAAUUUGAAAUAAAUUGAUUGUUCAGCUUUCCCAUUGUUCCUAAAACUAGAUCCAUUGUGCCUUGAGUGCAAAUAAACUAAAGCAAAUCUCUUAAAAUGUUGUUUUUGUGUAAUUGCUUACACUUCUUCUAAUAAAAUAUUAAUAUCAGUUUAGAAAUGAAUGUGUAGCAUAUGGAAAAAGAGAAUGUAUGUGAAUGCAUGCUUUUGAAUCGUGGAUGAUUGGAAUCUGCUUCUUUCCUGUUAGUGGAAAUGUCUUUCAGUCAUUUCUUGAUUUGGACCAAAAUAAUCCAACCAUUGUGACUCUCAUUAAGUUUCAUGAAUAGGCUCAAAGGACACUGGAAAGACCAUCCGUUUUCUUGCUUAUAAGAAUUCUUCUGUCUGCCAAGAGGAAGGAAUGAACAUGGAUUCAUUCAACUGGACAGCAAACAACCAACACACCAAUGGCCAAGCUUAUGUCACCUCCAACCGCUUUGCCAGCUGGGUCACUUUUGAAGAUGAUGAGGACUCCGUUUUCCAACCUCCAGGGAGACAGUCUAAUAUAAAACUGGAUAACCUCAACAAUAUUCCUCUGCAGGAUGCCAACAGCAAUCUGAUCUCCUCUUCUUCUUGUGGCCAGAAGACAGAGGGACACAUCCUGGGCUUGACCCCUGAUGGCACCAAUGCCAUGUUUGCCUUUAAUAGCACACUAUCAAACAACAGCGUUCCUUACAACAAGAAAAACCCUUUCCUGGAUGAUGAGUUCUCAAACCUACAACCUUCUCCUAUUAACCCAUUCAGUGCCUAUUUUGACAAUACAGACCUGAAAACAUCCCAAGGCAUUGGGUUGUGUCAGGAGGUAUCAGAUGUGUCCACCUUCAGCUCGCCAUUCUUUGAGUAUCAAGAUGCUGAUAUAAAAAGGGAGUCUCUGUUGCUUUUUUCAUCACAGAAAGACUCUGUAGUUGCAAAACAUAGUAUCCCAUCAGGAUUUCCUGUAGAUGGUCUGGAUCAGCUCAGGAAUAUACACAUCUCUGACCCUGACAAUGACUGUAGUCCUACUCUACCAGAUGAUUCAGUGGAGGUAGUUGACUCUGAUGAUUUAGCCUAUAAACCAGACCAUAUGACUCCUCAGGAAGGUUGGCCCAUGCUCCUGCGCAUCCCUGAGAAGAAGAACAUCAUGUCCUCACGUCACUGGGGACCAAUAUUUGUCAGGUUGACGAACAGUGGCCAGCUGCAACUAUUCUAUGAGAAAGGACUGGAAAAGCCUUUCAAAGAGUUCCAGCUGAACUCUCAGCAUGAAAUAUCUGAACCUAAGCUCCAAAACUACGACGAGAAUGGCCGUGUUCAUACCAUCAGUGUAGACCAUGUGGUUUACAAAGAGAAAAGGAAGAUCCAGCCCAAGGUCACUGUGGUUCAUAUGCCUGUAAGAGAGCAAGUGGUAAAGCUUGGGACAACAAACUACCAAGACUUCUUGAGCUUUCAACAUACUCUGCAGGAGAGGCUUGUGGGCCUCUCAGUAGAUCAAGAAGGUCUAAACUUGCCAACGACUUACACUGAGGAGGAGAUCCAUGUGGAGGUGAGGGAUAACUUCUAUGGGAUUGUCUCCAAAGGGGACAGCCGUAUCUUGGAGCAGCAAGUUAUGACCCGAGUGUAUAUGCUUGCCUUCUUGAAUGGAUCCCCACCUUGCAGUAUCGGCCUAAAUGAUGUCAAGGUCAAAGGUAAAGAGGUGGUUUCUCGGCAUGACAUAAUUCCCAACUCAACAUCACGUUGGAUUCAACUUCGGGAUAGUCGACUGCAUGAGUGUGCAGACCAGUUAGAGUUUGCAGAGUCCCGAGCUAUUACAUUUAGCCCACUGGUUGGUCGUCACUUUGAACUGCUGCGUUUCCGUACGGCAUUUGCUGAAAAAUCCCUUCCAUUCACUCUGAGAACAGUCGCUUGUGUCAAGGGUGCUGAAGUGGAGAUGCAGUCCUGGCUGGUGAUGUCAACAGGGUUUUCAUCCAAUCGGGAUCCUUUAACAUUAAUACCAUGUGAGAAUGUUGCUAUCCGUUACCCCAUACCAGAAAUUUGGGCAAAGAACUUUAAGCGGGAGAGUGUGACAGGAGAGAAAUCCUUGAAGGCUCGCUUCAAUAAAGGAGCCAGUUUUGGUUCGACCAGCACGUCAGGUUCCGAACCGGCCAUGAGGGUCACGUUUGGCACAGCAAAAUAUGAACAGGCCUUCAGAUCUGUAGUGUGGAGGAUCAGUCGCCUGCCAGACAAGAACUCAGCACUCGGACAUCCUCAUACGUUCUUCUGUCAUUUGGAGCUGGGUUCAGAUUGGGAGGUGCCUGCAAAGUUUGAGUGCCUGGUGGAGGUUGAGUUUGACAUGCCCUCUGCUUCUGCAUCCAGAACCACUGUUCGUUCUCUGUCCGUGGGGGACAGAACUGACUUGAAGAAAUGGAUCACCUACAAAUCACAUUACUCCUAUCAGGUGGCAGUGGAGCAGAAGAAUGAGAGCACAUUGGAAAGCCCUCAGAAGUAGCAACCAGGCCAGUGCCCUCAACAGUGAGAAACCAGGAGGAGAGGAAGGUUUAUAGCUUGCACUUGUUGAACAAGAGAAUGUUCAACCCUAAACUAGGGUAAUUUUCGUUUACAUUUCUUGCUCAUUUGGACAUUUUCUUUUUCUUUUUUUGCAAAGGUUACUUGCAAUAUCGAAAGAUCACAGAUCCCUUGCAACACUACAGUAUAUUUCCAGAUCUCCACAGGCAUUGCACGUCCAAAUAUUUCAAGAAUAUGAUUUGCUAUUGCAGCAAAGUCCAGAGCUUUUAUUUUAUGGACAUGGAAACCUGACAUUGCCCACAUAGCGCACAACUUACAGUCAUCUCAUAAAGUAAUCAUAUUUGCCUAAAACGAUGCAGCUGUCAUGGUUUGUCUUGACUGCAGAUAUCACAAAAAUGUUGUGUACAUUUUUCUGUAUAUUUCGGCCUAUGAAGAGUCAUUUGUGCAGUGUUACCAAGUAAAUGUUCUUGCUAUUUAAAUUUGUACAGAAGAUAACAAGGGACUUAAAUACAAGGAUUAAAUAACACCUUUUUUUGUUUGUUUAAUUAGAAAACAAAUAAGUACACCUGAAUAAUUUCUAAUUAAAAAAUACUUGUUAGUAAAAUGAAAGGUACCAGCAAUGGAAUAGUUUAGCUUAGAUUUGUGUUUAUGAGUCUUAAAUGAGCACAUUUUAAUUUGUUUUUAUGAAUAUUUAUUAGAGCAACAAAAACUCCAAGUGAAAAUCUAAUUGGCAUUGAAUUAAUUUGUUUACUUUUUUCUUUGGGUAUUGUUUGCCACACACACAGAACCAAAUCUGGGUAACUGCAAAUGUGUUCAAGUCUUAGUCUCAUGGGAAAGGAUCAUGAAUGUCAAAUACACUGUAGUACACAUGAGUUUAAGUCAGUAUGGUUUUUUAAGUUUAACAAUUAAGUAGGUUAAAAAGUAGUGUCAAAAUUACUAGAGCUUAAACUAACAAGUACUUCUGUAAUUUUUCUUUGCGUUUCUUUUCAGGUUUAUCUAUGGUUCAUUUAACAUAUUUUUUGGUGGAGUCACAGUUGCUUUGAUUGUUCGGUGCAAAAACUUUGUACUAAUCAUGAAUGAGUUUGAAAAUGAAAUAACACACGUUUUAAUCAUAUUUAAAAUGAUUAUGAUUUAAGAUUGCUUCAUUUUGUCCUGUAACACAGAGGAAUACACUAAAUGGAAACAUCAAGUGCCUCAUGUUGUUUAAUCUGACCUGACCAUGAUCUCACACUUGUGUUACACUAAAACCAAAAUAUGAUUAAAAAAAAAAAGUUGUUGGCUUUUUUUUCAUUGUGCUAAAGCUUGACAUGUUGAGUACAUGUACAUGUAAAUUUUUAUAAAAUGCAUUAAUGCAAUGUUUCUGUUAAUACUGACACUUUAAUAUUUGGCAACGGUAUAUUUUGCCUUCGUGUUUAUUAUGUUUAAGGAAUGUUUUGUUUGCUCCAGGAUUGAUUCAUUGAUUGAUUGAUUAAUUUUUAUGUAUUUAUUUUUUUAUGUAUGUUUGGGAAAUAUAACUAAAUAAUUAGAAUAAUGAAAUAUCUAACGGUGUAUAUCUAACAGUAUAUUAAUUGUAGCAUCUUCCUCAUAAUAGUAAUUCCACUUAAAUCAAUCCCUUAGUGAGUCAUCAUCUGUCAGCUAGAUGGCAUGCACACAAUAAAGUAUUUUUGAUUAAAAAAAAAAAAUCUUGUUACUUAAUUAUAAGUCAGAGAAGCAGAAUCCCUAAACUAUCACAUAUACUGUAUAUACAUUAUUAA